UUUACAAGCGUGUUGAGUUUAAGUAAGUCAUCCGCUUGGACACGUCGCUAAGGUACAAUUACUUAUUGCAUUAAAUGAGUGUUUUGUGUCCUAAUUUUGCCGGUGUGAGGUUUUCGUCAAGCUGCUCCCAGUCAUGCCAUACAUUAAAACAUCUCAAACAAAUCAGCUGUUGUUAACAUUGCUGGACACUAAGUCACAGAAAUGUGGACUGCGGUGCACAGUGUUCUCAGUUGAUGGAAAUGAAUACACUGGAGAGUGGCUGGACAACAAGAAGCAUGGGAAGGGAACUCAGGUUUGGCAAAAGUCUGGUGCCAUUUAUAAUGGAGAGUGGAAAUUUGGAAAACGUGAUGGAUAUGGUACCCUCAGUGUCCUGCUCCCAGAAACAAAGGAGUAUGCGAGGAAGUACUGUGGCGGAUGGAAAAAUGGAAAGAAGCAUGGGUACGGGAUGCUCUUCUACAAAAACUCAGCUGUUUAUGAGGGGGAAUGGAGUGAGGGCCAUCGAGGUGGCUGGGGAAGGAUGUACUAUGAUGGUGGAGAUAUCUAUGAGGGAGAGUGGAUGAAGGAUAAGGCUCAUGGACAGGGCAUCAUCCGAUUUGCAAAUGGAAAUUGGUAUGAAGGCGCCUGGCGAGAUGGCAAGAAGAAUGGUAUUGGAAAGUUUUACUAUUCGGACAAAGGCCAGAUUUAUGAAGGCUUUUGGGUGGCUGGAGUGGCAAAGUGUGGGACCCUGUCUGACUUUGGGAGGAACGAAGCACCGACACCGACAAAGUACCCGAUUCCACAGAUACAAUUGGUGGAUAUGCAGUUGGUUUUAAGUGAAGCCAAGUCAGCCUACACUGAGAGGACCAACAGCAAGUUUCCACUCCAUGACACACUCACAGGGCAAGAAUAA